UCGUGCGCUGGUGAAUCUUCUGAGGGUCAAACUUCUCUAUCCUAUCUUCGGUGACGAUUCGAGGCGGGGCACUUUUGACCGAUUCGGGAAGCAAACGACAUAGGUACUAGAUUACUACAUGGGACCGGGGUACCUCACUGUGUUGUCGAUAACGCUGAUCUCUCGCCUACGUUCGCCCUUUACAGUUUGAUUUUUCCCGGAUUGAUCCAGUUCGACUAACCAGUCCGUUUGAUUUUCCGUAACAAAAGAGAUCCUCCUGGUCGAACAAUCGCCGGCCGCCCUCAUGUCCUAUCCGCCAUCCGGGAGCACCGCCUUGUCCGCCCCGGGCAAGGUCCUUCUUACCGGUGGUUACCUCGUUUUAGACCGCAAUUACACGGGGACGGUAAUCGCACUUGAUGCCAGGAUCCACGUUAUCGUUCAGCAAUUGAGAAGAGGUCAUCGACGUGGUGCAUCAUUCAGCUCAGUGAAAGGGGGUUUCGAUACGGAGACAGUCGAGGAUGGAAGUGCUGUGGACGACAAGGAUAAAGAAGACGUAGUGGUUGUACGUUCGCCGCAAUUUGUCAAUGCUGUGUGGGAGUACGGUAUACAGCGUUGCGAGAAUGGAGGCGGAAUCAAAGUGAUCCAGAAGAACGAGGGGCGUACCAAUCCGUUCGUCGAGACUUCUCUCAACUACGCUCUCACCUAUAUCAGCUAUGUGGCCGACUCGAAGGACUUUGGAUCCCUCUCCGUGACAAUCCUGGCUGACACUGAUUACUACUCCGAAACCGCCUUUUCUAGGGCUUCCGAGUCCCCUGGAAGAUUCGUAAACUUCGGUGUUCCCCUCCAUGAGGCUCACAAGACAGGACUAGGUUCCUCUGCAGCUCUAGUAACCGCCCUGGUAUCGUCACUGGUCAUUCACCGCACCCUACAGCCGGACGACCUUGGAGCUGCUCGUGACAAGCUUCAUAACUUGGCACAGGCUGCUCACUGUGCCGCUCAGGGUAAAGUGGGAUCUGGAUUUGAUGUGGCUGCUGCUAUCUAUGGCUCUUGCCUAUAUCGUCGAUUCUCCCCAAGCAUUUUAGAAUCCGUCGGCGACGCCGGUUCACCUGGAUUUGAAGAGCGGCUGUUCGCAGUUGUGGAGGACGCCGACCCUAAACACCCGUGGGAUACAGAGUGCCUGGAUUUCGGGAUGCGCCUUCCUCGAGGUAUGCAGAUGGUCCUGUGCGACGUCGAGUGCGGCUCGAAUUCCCCUUCCAUGGUCAAGAAAGUGCUCGAAUGGCGAAAACAAAACCAGCAGGAAGCCGAUCUUCUGUGGGCUGCCCUCCAGUCGAACAACGAACGGCUCUGCCUUCAGCUCAAGCAGCUAGCUCAGAGUCCUGACCAAGAAUCGCUCGAAGACUUCAAUGAUGUCCGCAACCUCAUCCAGCGCUCCCGCAAUCACCUUCGGAGCAUGACCCGCAAGGCGGGAGUACCCAUUGAGCCGCGUGUACAGACGGAACUGCUUGAUGCAGUGUCAGCCAUUGACGGAGUGAUUGGAGGUGUGGUUCCUGGCGCGGGAGGUUAUGAUGCGAUUGCUGUCUUGAUCCGCGAUGACCAGGAGGUGCUUAGAAAGUUAAAUGAGCUCUUUGAGAACUGGGAGAGUAAGGUGGAGGACGACUUCGGUGGCAAGAUCGGGACUGUCCGGCUCCUCGGUGUGCGUCACGGCUCAGAUGGAGUCAAAAACGAGCUUCUCGACCAGUAUGCCGGCUGGCUUUGAGUCGACAGCUCUAUCCACAUGCUCGCCAUGCACAACUACUAACCUAAGUAGAUACGACAUUCGAGAGGUACCGUCUAAGUUGACAAAAAAUGGUUAUCUGACCCAGCAUACAUUACACCUGAUCUCAGCGCUAGUAUCUAUUCUCUGCUUUCUUCCCUUCUAUCCCCUCUGUUAGCCCAAGCAUUCCGUUACGAGCGAUGCCAGUGAUGAAAAGCAUUUCUAAUCUAAGCACGAUCAUGACCAUUGCAUCUAAGAUAGCAUAUACAAGAUUG